AUGGAGCGACACAAGGCACGUUUAGUGGUAUCAGAAAAGGAGCAAGUGGUUGGCAUGGAUUACGCGCUCAAGUUUGCCGCCGUCAUGGAUAUGACGACGGUUAAAAUGAUUCUUGCUGUCUCUGCGAACUGGGGCGUUCCCGCCAAGCAUGACGCCGUGUCGAAUGCCUAUGUAAAGGCGGAGAAAGAGCAUUAUCUGAAGAUACUGAUUGCACUCGAAUUUUUCUUUGCGAGUCUCAAGUUCCUGUCAAGCAAGAGCCUUGGGCCGGUAUUAAAGUUUCGGGGCAUGUGUGUGACGCACAGCAACGAUCGCGAGUACCUGCUUGAUCAGGAGGGGGCGAUCCUCGACGUUAUACAUCAGCACGGGAUGCUCGAGGAAAAUGCGGCGCGCGCGCCAAUCGGAGUUGACUUGAUACGACACAGUGAGCGUGGAGAGCGAGCUACUACCGGUCACGAGCGCGCCAGGACAGCCGAACGUCCGCACGCGUCAGUCACUUGUGGGUUCGUUGCUCUGGGUGGCCAGAUGCACAAGACCCAACAUCUCUUUUGCGGUACAUGGGGUCACGUGGCAGAGACACGCUCCGCGCACGCAAGACGGAAUUUCGCGAAGCACGGUGUACGCUAUCUGAGCGGCACACGUGCUCUCACGAUCCGGAUGACAGCGACGGCGCAAGCGGACGCACAGCCAACGCUCGUCAGAUCCAGUGACGCCGACAAGUCGGACCAGAAGUCUUUGAGUGGCUGCGUGGUGCUCCUCAAUGACAUGGCGCUGGGAGGGUGGUCUAAGAAUCAAGGCGGCGUGGCGCUGCGUACAACGGAGUCAGAGUUCGUCGCGGCGUCAGAAGCCGGACGCGAGCUACACGGCAUACGCGAGGCACUCACCGAGAUCGGCGUGACAUUGACACUGCCGCUCACGAUGCACAUUGACAACCAGGCGGCAAUUGUGCAGAUAGCAGGUGAAGCGACAUCGACGAAAGCAAAGCACAUCGACGUUCGCGUCAAGUACUUGUGCGAACAAGCGCGACGUGGCAUUGUGGUGCCUGUCUACGUGAAGAGCGAGCUCAUGCUCGCUGACGUGAUAACUAAAGCCCUUGACGCGAGCAAGCUGGUCGAGUUGCGAACGCUGCUGCAGAUCACGUAG